AGGCUCAGCAGGGAGGGAAGGGACGGACAGGCAGCCGCUUUCCGGGAGGGGGACAGCGCUGGGAAGGGGGCUUGGACAGUGUGAGGUGAAACCUGCCCUGAACAAAUUCAGGAGGUCGGUGCUGGAUCUUUAGUGUCAGCUAAUCCAAAAGUAAAUGAGGAACUUAGGAAAAGAUUGCCAACUUCAAAUCAACACAGUUACACAGAAUUGAAGAAGAAGCGUCAGCUUCAUUUGAGGGAUUCUUGUAAGAAACUCAGUGUUCCACGAUAUGAGCUCUGAAAUCUUCGAGCAAAAACUGGACUCAGUGCCAGAUCAAACAAAUUCAGAAGCACAAAUGGAGAACUGGUCAAAAGAAACACACAUCUUGGAACAAAAAAAAGAAGACUUUUGCGUUGGACUUCAGUUUUAUCAGAAUUCUCAAAAAAACGCAGAAUUUUUCAUCCAGACAGAAACUGAAGCACUAAAAUCUUCAGAUUUGCCAGUAAAGAGUCAAGGAGGAGGAGUCCUAAAUAAUUAUAGUUCUGGUCCUGAAGAAUCAAGUACUGUAGAAAGAAAGGCUAACAGAAUGCUCCCUGAAUUUACACCCUCAUGGAAGGAUGCUGCAGAUUUAGAUGGAAAAACAGAAACUGCAUUCCUUUUAAAAGAAUUGGACAUGCUGAGGGCCAAAAAUAAAAAGCUUCAAGAUAAUCUGGCUGAAAAGGACAAGGAGCUGAAGACAAUGAAACUGGACUUAGAACUACAAGAGAGAGCUACAGAAGCUAAGAUUGCAGAAAAGAUUGCAGCUCUGGUGGAAGAAGUUUAUUCUGCUCAGCGGGAACGUGAUGAGGCUGUCAUGGCAAGGCUUAGGUUAGCCAAUGAAGAGAGAGAUGAAGCAUUUCUACGAGUCCAGCGUUUAGAACAGUCUCUCAAAGAGCUAGAAAAUAUUAACCCUGAAGAAAAUGACAUGACAUUACAGGAAUUACUGAACAGAAUAAACAAUGCAGACACGGGGAUAGAUAUACUGAAGAAUGGAGCUAUAAUUCUGAACCGAAUACACAGGACCAAAGAACGUAAAAAGAAAAUAAUAGCUGAGGAAAUGAAUGCAGUAAUAGAACAACGGGAUGCUGCUUUGUCUCAAUGCAAACGGCUGGAGCAGGAGCUUCAUCAUCUGAAAGAGCAGAACCAGACUUCAGCAAACAACACGAGACAUCUGACUGCUGAAAACAAUCAAGAACGUGCUCUGAAGGCAGAAUUGAUAACCUUGCAACUAGAAAAAGAAGCUGCUCUUCAACAGUGCAAAAAACUAGAAGAAGAAAUCCAGACAUUGCGUGUUUAUUACAGCUUAUACAAGUCUUUGUCUGAAGGAGCGAGCCUGAAGAAUCAGCCUACCUGUGCUUUCAGUACUUCUGAAGCUGGACUGCACGGCAGGGAGGAUGUUGUGACCCUAACUUAUCGCCAGAUUGAAGAUCUGGCAGCUCAGCUGCAGCAAACGCGGUCAGAGCAAAAGGACACAGAGAUGAAGCUCCAGAAAGCCCUGGAAGCCUCACGGGAGGCCAAUGAAAAAGUUCAAAAGUUGGAAAGGCUGGUGGACGUCCUGAGGAAGAAGGUUGGAGCAGGGACCAUUAGGACCGUGAUCUGAUUGAAAGCUGUAGUCUAAGGAAGCAUUCACAUCUGGUGACCAGGCUGCUUCAUUCAGCACUGUGUAAACACUAAAGCCUUAACUUAGCAAACAGUUGUUAGAAGUGGGACACUCCAGCGACAUUCCAAGCUGAGAUAAAAUCAAAUCAUAAAUGUUUAACUACUUUGCUGCUGAGUUUUGUGAUUUGUUGAAAUGUUUCAUUGCAAACGUAUUUGUUUUUAAGCAAGUGCAUUGUGGCACUGUGUACUGUGAAAAAUGAUGUAGAUGCUUAUUCGAACAAUCUGUCCUGUCAGUAUAGUCUGCUUCAAGGCACAGCUUGAUCAAUUUUUUAAAUGCUUCAGGUUCAAAAUCCUGCAAAGCAGUUUCAAAAUUUAAAUUCCUUCUUAUUUAUGAGACUGCAAACAGUCCAGUAUUUGUAUGUUAAAUAUAUUAAUUGAUAAAGUAGUUUGGCAUUCAAGGAAUAUCUCUGGCUACUAUACUGGAUAUUUUUUCCUCCUUACUCAUAGCCCAUUGAAUUGCAGCUAGUGACUGUGGCUACAUCAAAGGGCAGGAUAAAUGUAUAGCUUUAUACAGCAGUUGAAUAGCUUAUGCUAGUACAUGGUAUUUUCAGUGUACAUUAAAAAAGAAAUUUACAGUUAGGUUUCACUACAGAUGCAUCUUAAUAAAUUGCAACAUGAAAGCCUUGUGACAUACAGUAUCUCAGAGAGUGGAGGAAGUUUCUUAUAUUGUUUUCAGUCACUCCUUUGUUCUUUCCUAUGAGGAAAAGCUCUCAGAUAUUCAGAAAGCACCUUAUGGAUUCAAAAUUUUCCUUUUCAGUGUUCAUCUUUUCUCACCCCUUUCCUACAAGACUUUUUGCCUGCUUCUUAUAGACCUCUGAUUGCUCUACAGUGCAGGACUACCAUCUAGGUUGGGUUUCAGGCAAAAUUGCCAACCCUCUGCUUUUGUUUACUCACCAAGUGCCCUAGGAUUUAACUCAAAGGCUGAAAGAUGGAAUCUUACAGGGAGGGGGAAAUUUGAGGACCAAAGAGGAAAAAUUGGGGUAGACAAACAUUUUAGACCUUAGAGAUACAGGAGAGUUGGACCUAGAGUUAUAUUUGUGACCCAUCCAUCUCCCUGUAUGAACGGUCAGGUCAGCACUCUUAUAAACCUGCUCAAGAAGGCAACUGUAAUCUCCAAGCACCCCAAAUUCAGUAAUGAAUCUCAGGAGCUAGAUAGGCUUUAAGAUACUCCCAGAACCAGCCAGCUCAGGCAAGGUGGAUGUAGCUCCUAAGGUUUCCACUUGCCUGCUUUGCUUUGUGUUUAAUGUUGUUACAUGGCCUUCUCUCUUAAUGCUUGCUUGUUUUAAUAGUGCAGUUCAGCUGGAGAAAAUGAAAUUUUAAUUUUGAGUAGAGAGAGAGACAUUUUUAAUUUUGAGUAGAGAGAGAGACAUUUUAAUGUCUGUUUUUUUCUUUCAAGCAAUUACAUGUUAAACCUUCCUCAUCUGCAGACCUAAGCUCCCCCUAGUUUCAGCUGACCAAACUUAACCCCUUGCAGGGAGAUAAGUAGCAUCCCUCCAAGCCAAAUUUACCCAAGUCACUCCUAGAAGCUUCUGAAAUUCUCCUUUCUGACCUUUGGUCAACCCUAAGAUAGCUAGUGAGUCCGGAGCCUCUCCCCCACACCUAUUCAAUGGGAAGAAAGCUUAAUGCUUCCAGACCAGAGGACUGCCACCCCCCCCACCCCUCCCAGUUCCAAUUCCUUCACCAUCACCCUUGUGCUGCUGCUCAGCACUUUGGGUGAUUCAACUGCUCUUUGUCCUACUGUCUUCAUUGAGCUUUGAUGCACUAAGUGAAUGACAAGAUCUCCUGACCUGUCAGUGCUGUCGAACCAUUUCUGCUCUAAGGAAGUAGUGAGGAAGGAAUUAAGAUAAAAAUGUAAGGACUACCAUACUGUUCUAGACCAAAGCUCGAAGAUGCCUUUGGCCAUAACAAAUAGAAGAUGCCUAGGAAAGGGUAUAAAGUCAGGCUAGCGCUGGUGACCAUUCUCCCAGCUGGUCUCCCAGCAAUUUGUUAUUUAGGGGCUU